UUUGUUUUUGAUCGCAUUUUUUUAAAUGUUUUUAAAUCAAUUUUUUGACUUUGAAAAUUAAAAAUCACAAUUCAUCAGAUUAUCUCAUCAAAAUGAGUUCGUUUAUGAAGGCUCAAAAAUCUCGCCAACGUUUACAUCGAGAACGUGUAAAUGUAUUGGAUAAAGGAUUUUUGGAGCGAAAAAAAGACUAUCAAACACGUGCGGCUGAAUAUAAUCGUCGAAAAGAUAUAUUUACUAAACUCCGUAAGAAAGCUUUGGACAAGAAUCCAGAUGAAUUUUUUUUUCGUAUGAAAUCGUCGAAUUUGAUCGAUGGUAUACAUUAUGAUCAUCGUAAAGAUGAAGAACUAUCAAAAGAAGAGUUACAAUUGAUGCAAACACAAGAUCUAAAUUAUGUCAAAUAUAAACGUUCAAUAGAUAUGAAAAAAAUUCCAAAACUUCAAAGUGAAUUACAUUUAUUGGAUCCGGACAAAAGAAAACGAAAGAAUAAGCACAUUUUUUUCGUCGAUGAUAAAAAAGAGAAGAAAAAUUUCGAUAUUGCUCAACGUAUGAAAUUGGAUAAUCAAUCGUUGAAUAAAGGUUCCCAUUUUGUACCGAAUCAAUCGAUAAGUGAUGAAGAUUUACUAGCAUCAAAUCAAAUCAGAGAUCUUAAAUAUCGAAGAUUAAAUAAUAAAAUCGACCGAGAAACAUUAUUACGUGGUGUGUCUGAUAAAAUGCGAAUCAAGAAGCAACUUUUGAAUAGAAAAGAAUCGGCCAAAAAAAUAAAAAAAGGUACAAACAACAAAUUUCCUGUGUAUGAAUGGAAAAUAGAAAGAAAAAAAUGA